UUCUGAAGGAAUUUUUUUGUUAAGAAGUUCUCAGACCCCAAUGGCGGCCAUAUCUCCAACCACGGGUAAAGACGACGAGAUGUUUUUUGAUUCACAGGCUUGGUUGGACUCUGAUAACAAAGAUUUCUUCAGUGUUAAUGGAGGUCUGAAUUAGUCUGAUUCUAAGCUUAUUUUAUCUCUGAAACAUUUUAGUUUUUACUUCUGGGAAGGGAAGGUGUUUCAAUCUGUCCUCUUCAACUUUUCUUAUCUUAUUUUAUAAGAUUAAAUUGGAUAUAAAUCACUCACUCUAAAUUCUUGGAUUUGGAUUGCACGAGGGAGAGCUGGAACUAGAAUAACAAAGGGGAGGAUGGUAGAAAAUUUGACAAAAUCAGUCACCUUGAAAAUAGAGGUUUUGUUGAAAAGUAGAGUACCACCCACUUCUACCAACUGAUCCCGCUUCCACCCUAUUUAGAGGUUACUAGGGGCUAUUGUUCCCUUCCCAUUUUCCAACUUGGACCAUUAGCUAGGAACUUCUAAGCAAUAGAGAUCCCCAAAGUUUGGUUUGGGCCUCAUGGGUGACGAGGGAGAUGAAGAAUCCGCCCCCCAAAUUCCAAGAAAAUCCUUGUUCGGAAUCAGAUAUAACUCUCCAUUGGUCCAGGUUUUGUUAAUUGGGUUGGUUUGCUUUUGUUGUCCCGGUAUGUUCAAUGCCUUGAGUGGCAUGGGGGGUGGUGGGCAGGUGGAUCCAACGGCUGCCGAUAAUGCUUCUACUGCCCUUUACACUACUUUUGCCAUAUUUGGCAUCAUUGGGGGCGGUGUUUACAACAUCCUUGGACCCCGUCUCACUCUAUUUGCCGGUUGCACCACUUAUGUUCUGUACGCCGGUUCCUUCCUCUACUAUAACCAUCAUAAGGAUCAGACCUUCGCCAUUAUUUCUGGUGCAAUCCUCGGUGUGGGUGCUGGAUUCCUUUGGGCUGGUGAAGGUGCCAUCAUGACUUCCUACCCCCCGCCCCACCGCAAAGGGACUUACAUUUCCAUCUUCUGGAGUAUAUUCAAUAUGGGUGGCGUUAUUGGGGGUCUAAUUCCCUUUAUCCUCAAUUACCAGCGUUCCACGGCUUCUUCCGUGAACGAUGGUACCUACAUCGGUUUCAUGUGCUUCAUGUCGGUUGGGGCAAUCAUUUCUUUGGCCAUUUUGCCACCCAGUCGCGUGGUUCGUGAUGAUGGCUCGCGAUGCACCAACAUCAAGUACUCCAGUGUUUCCACCGAGAGUGUUGAGAUUCUCAAGCUGUUUUUCAAUUGGAAGAUGCUGUUGAUAGUCCCUGCUGCAUGGUCCAGUAACUUCUUCUAUACCUACCAGUUCAAUAACGUUAAUGGGGUAUUAUUUAACUUGAGGACAAGAGGGUUCAACAAUGUGUUCUACUGGGGAGCACAGAUGGUGGGUUCGGUUGGGAUAGGAUACAUAUUGGAUUUCAGUUUUAAGAGUAGGAGGACCAGAGGUUUGUUUGGAAUUGGUGUGGUUGCACUCUUGGGUACUGGAAUAUGGGCAGGUGGGCUAGCCAAUCAGCUGAGAUACUCCCGCCAUAAGUUGCCAGACAAGUUGGAUUUCAAGGAUUCCGGUUCUGAUUUUGUUGGGCCUUUCUUCUUGUAUUUCUGUUUUGGAUUGCUGGAUGCCAUGUUCCAGAGUAUGGUCUACUGGGUUAUUGGAGCCUUGGCAGAUGAUUCAGAGACCUUGAGCAGGUACAGUGGAUUCUAUAAGGGAGUGCAGAGUGCAGGGGGUGCUGUUGCUUGGCAAGUUGACACCCACAGAAUCUCUUACAUGUCCCAGCUAGUUGUGAAUUGGUCGCUCACAACACUGAGUUAUCCUCUGCUGGCUGUACUGGUGGUGUUGGCGGUGAAGGAUGACGAUACUGAUGAAACAAGCCACGAGGCUACUCAGUCUGCAGUCAAGUGAUGGUGAGCUUAGGUUUUCUUUUUACACACCACAUAAUAUGUAUGUUGCUGAUAAUGCAAUGUUAAUUGUACAGUGCUGGUGCUUUUAUUUGCCCUUCAUGAGAAAUCCUUCUGCCUGCUUUCUUUAGAUUUUUUGUUGGUUGGUUCUGCUAGCCGUUACCAAACUUUGAGGUAUUAGUUUCAGCCAUGGUUGGUAUUAUAUAUUUAUUCCAAUAAA